UGGUCCCACGAAAAGUUAAAGGUCUUGUUUAAAAAAUAGCCCAUAACCUUUGUGAAGAAUUACAUUUAUUACAAUCAAGAGCCGCCUUUACUUCCCUAAGAAUUUAAAGAAUGCAACUAGAAUGUCUCUCCUCAGAAAUACUCUGCACACAUGAACCCACAAAGGGGAAAACGAGAGAGAUGCAGUGACAUUUACAGUGGAAGUAACAUUAUUAUCACAAAAACCAGUGAAAGUCCAAGGUCCUACAGAAGAACCAGUGGUUAACAGUAGAAAUCCAGAACAAUAAAUAUUACAGCCUACUAAAAGUUUAGAUGUUUUUCUUGCUGCUUGGAGACGCGCACAAAUGUCCGACCACUUUUAAUUGAUCCCCAUUGACAUUUUUUGUAAGGGUUCUCCUGCUUCUGAUUAAAGAUUAUGAUUAAGAGAAGUAUAAAGGAAAUAAAAGGUAAGGACACAUGACCCUUGACCUUGAUCCUUUAUGUUUUGCUUUGAGAGCAUAUCGCUUAGAUAAUGAUGUGUUUUCCUGUUGUGAGAAUUUUGGCUCGUUUUCUUUGGUAACAUGCAUGCUUGUAUUUUGAUAGUUAUAGUCGGGGUUUGCAUUUGUGUGAUAAGCAUGAAACAGGAAGGAUAAUAAAAGCCUAUUGGAUACUUAGCACGUGAACUUUAUUGAGGAUGCAUUGUGUAGCUGUGAGAUUUAGCAUGGUACACCCAGGGGUUUUCUCUCCUCGCAGAGCGAUGAGUGAAGCGGAGCAGGAGAGCCGUAACUCACGGAAAGGCACAGCCUGCCGUGACAGCACGGCUCACACCCUGCCUGAGAGCAGCAGGACGUCAUCAGGGGAAACGAAAUGCACGGAAUGAAUGCGCACCAUUCAGAAGCUGUUCGCUCGCGGAGGCGGGAAGCGGAAAGGACGGAGCAAGAAAUGGAAGGAGAUCCUGCGCUUUCCGCAUAUCAGCCAGAGCGUGGAGUUGGGCGGCAGCCUCGAGCGCGACUACCUCAGCCUGUGCGAGAAGCAGCCCAUUGGCCGCCAGCUGUUCCGCCUCUUCUGCGAGACCCGGCCCGAGCUGAUGCACUGCAUCCAGCUGCUGGAUGCCAUGGACGACUACGAGGUCACGGCCGACGAGAAGCGAAGGAGCAGAGGAGAGUCCAUCAUCCGGAGGUUUCUGAGCGCGGAGUCGUCGGAGUUUGUGCUGGAGGUAGCGGAGGAGCACGCACAGCAAUGCCGGGACAACCUGGAGCUCAGUCCCUGUAAAGAGCUCUUCAGUGAUUGCCGUAGAUCUCUUCACGAGUAUUUAGGUGGGAGCCCCUUUAAGGACUUUCAAGAAAGCAUGUAUUUCGACCGUUUUUUACAGUGGAAGAUGCUGGAGAGACAGCCGAUAACAAAAGACACGUUUCGACAGUAUCGCGUUCUGGGAAAAGGAGGUUUUGGAGAGGUGUGUGCCUGCCAGGUACGAGCCACAGGGAAGAUGUACGCCUGCAAGAAGAUGGAGAAGAAGCGCAUCAAGAAGCGGAAGGGUGAGGCCAUGGCUCUUAACGAGAAGCAGAUCCUUGAGAAAGUUAAUAGUCGAUUUGUGGUAAGCCUGGCUUAUGCCUUCGAGACCAAAGAUGCUCUGUGUUUGGUGCUGACCAUCAUGAACGGAGGGGAUCUGAAGUUCCACAUCUACAACAUGGGCACGCCUGGCUUCAAGAAGGAGAGGGUGCAGUUCUAUGCUGCUGAGAUCUGCUGUGGUCUUGAACACCUGCACCAGGAGUCCAUAGUCUACAGGGAUUUAAAACCUGAAAAUAUACUUUUAGAUGACAACGGACACAUCAGGAUAUCAGACUUAGGUCUGGCCUUCAAGGUCCCUGACGGGGAGCUCAUCCGGGGCAAAGUGGGCACCGUGGGCUACAUGGCCCCAGAGGUGAUUAACAACGAGCGGUACGGCAUGAGCCCGGACUGGUGGGGGCUGGGCUGCCUCAUCUACGAGAUGACCAUGGGUCACUCACCCUUCCGGGGACACAAGGAGCGCGUGAAGCGGGAGGAGGUGGAGAAACGGGUGCUGGAGCAGCAGGAGGCAUACAGUGAGCGAUUCACGGAGCACACGGAGGACAUCUGCAGGAAGCUGCUGACCAAAAACCCAAGGAAGAGGUUGGGCUGCCAGGGAGACGGAGCGGCUGAGGUGAAGAGCCACCCCUUCUUCAAGAACAUCAACUUCAAAAGGCUCGAGGCUGGCAUCUUGGAGCCCUCCUUUGUGCCUGAUCCGAGAGCUGUCUACUGCAGAGAUGUCCUGGACAUCGAGCAAUUCUCCACCGUAAAGGGUGUCAGUCUGGACCAAACUGACAAUGAAUUCUACUCCACGUUCGCCACAGGCAGCGUCUCCAUUCCUUGGCAGAAUGAGAUGAUUGAGACCGAGUGCUUUAAAGACCUGAAUGUAUUCGGAUCCCAUGGCACACGGCCCCCCAAUCUGGACUGGACACAGGCACCAGAGCCCCCACGCCGCAGCCUGCUGGACAGGUUCUUCAGGAGACAUCAGGGAGAAUUUUCCAUUAACCAGACCAGGGUCUCGUCUUCCAGCGUGAAUUCUGUGGAUUCUAUAUCGAACUCUGCCCCCUAGUGGAGGGCCUCGGAGUGAAGCGGCGGAGGAGAAUUACACUUCGGGACAUGCACGGCAGCCUUAUUCGAUCACCUCACACAGAGACACCGGUUGUCCCCAAUAAGCCGGGGACUGUGAAUCCAAUGGAGUGAGCCAGACAUCUGAGAUGUGGGAAGACGGUCGAAGAGCAAACAAUCAGUCACCUCAUACACCUUCAGGAUCACUGGGCCACCAGACAGCCCCUGCUGAAGUUCAGGGGGUCCGGUUUUAAUAGCCCAUCACAGGGAAAAGAAGCUGGUGUCUCUUUGACUUCUGAAACACACAGAUUGCCUCUCCUUUUCUUCUUCUUCGUAAUCCUCUUUUGUUCUCUUUCACACACAGACAAGCACAAACACCUGUAUACAACACCACCAACCUCAAGACAAACUGCAUUUCGCCUUGCAUUAUCUCAGGCCAAAGAUUGUUUUAAUUACAUUUUAAUUGUUUUAAUAUGAUAAAUGUUACAUUCUUUUGUACAGGCACAAUUCAGCAGUAAAAUUAAUAGACAAGAUGUGUGUCUGUUUUUACACAUCUCUUAGCAAACUGGAUCCAGUGGCCAACAUGUUAGACAUAACUAAGAUCCAGGCGGCGGGCAGUUUCUAACUGUUGGGGGCUGUUCAGAGAAAUGUGUGGGGAGUGCAGUGUGUAUGAGGGACGUGGGGGAAAAGCACUGCACAAGCACUGCAGGGGAUCUCACAGGGAGUGGAUAGACACACAGGGCCAAAGCAUGGACGAUUAGCAUCAUCAGAAUGGUGGCAGGACAGAAGCAGCCCUGUUUUCAGUGGGAAUCCCCCCCCCCAGCUCAACAGGCCCACCCAGACUCUGAGUGUCAAGGUCUUCAGAGCACAAAAUCCAGGCACCCCUAAAUGAGGUUCAUAAUGUCACUGCAGAGCGAGAAACCUCAACUUUUAUACACGGUUACAUGCCACCUAAUAAACGACAUUUUUUUCAUCAGUAUUUCCUCUAUGCAUUAUUUAAAGUGUGAAAUGAAGACCUUUGAUGAUCGCAAUUAGCUACUUAGUUAAAUGGUAUUGUCAACAAUAAACUUGUUCCUGAACAAAAA